AUGGAUCCUCCGAAAGAAGAUUCCGGCGAGACCGGAAUCUCUGCCUCCGGCAAACGUUUAAUGAAGGUUAAACAGGAGAUCGGUGAGAAAAUGAAAAGAGAUAAGAAGGAAGCCAAAGACUCAAUUGCGGGGAGGGUCUCCAAGCAGGUGAAGAAGAAAGACGUUUCUGGCGGGAGCGCCUCUCUGGGACCUCACUCGCCUUCGUCAUUAAAGAUCCAAGAGGUCGUUAACCUCAUGGUUCAAGCUCACGGUCAAAAAGAGUUCGCCAGGGUUUGUUCCUCCGAUGAAACCCCCGAAACCGCCCCGGAGGGUUGGUUUUGCAUUCAUGAGAAGUAUAUCUCUAAAUGCCACCUCCAGUUUCCGCUUCCAGACCUCCUAUUAGAUCUUCUUGACCAUUACCAAUUGGCCCUCUCUCAGCUUUGUCCCUCGGUUAUCCGGGUGAUAAAUGGUUUCAUUACCAGGGCUAAGGAGGAGGGGGUCGCUGUUGGACUGACCGAACUGAUGAGCCUCUAUACGAUCAAGGAGAUCUCUAGUAAAGACGGUGGUAGUGGUACCUACUAUCUUCCUUGCCGUCCUAGGCUCGGUCUUUUUAAGUCCUCCGGUAGCGAUGAUGAUUGGAGGAAAAAAUACUUUAUGUCAAGAUUGAUCCCUCCACAGUUCCAGUGGGUCGUGCUCUUUCGGUUAUUUGAUUUCGAGGAUCCUCCUAAGCUUAUUGAUAAGCUGUCUAGAGCUCUUUUUCGGAAGCUACAUCAAAGUCCCAAUACUUGGACGUCUUUUACUACUUCUCGCAUUGGAUCAGCUAGGUUCCCGGAUCGAUACAACGCCAGGUUCCUUUACCCGAUUCCUGCUGAAGAUUUAGAAGUUUCUGAAGGUCCUUUCGUGGUAGAUCUUUCGACUGGAGCUAGUACUUCUGAAACCGAAAAGACUCAAGCUCCCAAGAUGAGGCCUUCUUUCCGUUCCAGGAGCAAACCUGCUGCAGCUGCCAGUGCUUCGCGAGGCAGCGACAAGACCCAAGGAGGAGCCUUCCUUAGCUCGCUGAAGGAGGUCCUUGAUGAUGGGUCCUCUGUUCAUGUUAGGGAUGUUAACCCAGUUGAGACCAGAGCUCAAGAUGUUGUUCCCCGUCCUGAGAUCCCGCCAGUUGAUGUUAACCCUCAAGCUGCUAGAGAUCCCUCUGAGGUCGAACCUCCGAGAAACAAGAGGUCUCGGACUGAUUUGGGAGAUAGGCCCACCAGGUCUUCCUCCUCGUCUUCGCGGGGAGGGACCGUCGGCUGGAACUUUACCCAUUCUAAGCCGGGAUCGAUCUUGGAUGACCCUUGGGGUUUGGCAACCAUCAUGAGGCAUAUGAAGAUGGUAGGAUGCUCCAUGCCUUCAAUCAACGGUCUGACCAACAAGGAAGAAUACAUUGAGAUAGCUCACCACAUGGGUCAGCUGGAGCCAUUAACAAAGCUCAGCUGA